GUGGGCGUGGCCUGGUGCUGCUCCUCAGGCCCUGGGACGUGGCGUCACCAUGGGCAGUAAGAUGGUGGCCGCCACUAGAGUCGUACAGGUAGUCAAGCCACAUACUCCAUUAAUAAAGUUCCCAGACAGAAAAAGUAGUCCCAGACCUAAAAUACUGGAAUCUCUGCAAACAAGUAUGCCAUCUCUUGAUGCUUCAAAAGCACAGGAGUCUAUAGGAGGCAGAUCACCAGCACUUCAAAAUAUUUCACCUGUUCAUAGAGUACAAGGUAUACCAGACACUUCUGAAUUAACAAGAACCUUACCUCAGAAAUACAGACGGAAACUAAUGUCAGAUGAAGAGAUUGAAUACAUUCAGGUAAGUUUCAUUUGUUGGUGUGUAUUGUCUGUAUUUACUUAGCAUUUCUCUUAUUUCUACACCUUCUUCCAAAUUUAAAAUAUGGUAUUACAUUGUAAUUUUUGGCAAGUGUAUACUUGGAGUUUUCACUGCUUUGAUGCACAGUACCUAAACUACAAAAUUUUAAUACACAAGGUACCCAACUCUCACUAAUUACUAGCUUGCAGUAUCACUGAUUAGAGAGAUACAGACUUAAAACAGACAUGCAGACAUUUUGUGAUAGUUGUAGCCUAUAUUAAUCACAGUCACUACCUGUUUUGUAACAGCUGUUUAAUGUGUAAUUUGAAUAUGCUGGACAGGAGCACAAGUCUGUUUUUAGACCAGCAAAGGCUGUUACCAGGUGACUGAAGUCCAAAAUAUUCCUCAAGCUGGUUUUUAUAAGUUAUGUAUUAGUAAGUUACCUCUUGUAUUUCUAGUAGUGGAAACACUUUAUUAAACUUGAUAUCAAUAUUUUCUGCAAUAUUUGCAAAUACAGCAUUGUAUAUAAAAGGCAAGAAAAACCUGCUUUUGUACUGUAAAAAUUUUCAGUUGUAAACAGUGAUGCUUAAAAAAGGAGAAUGCACAAAAUAUGAAGAACUGGAGAGAUGGGUGUGAGUUUGAAAUGAAAAGACACAUAACUGUUAAAUUAUGGUCACACUGUAGGUGUCCUUACAUUAAUAGAGAAAAUCAGUUUUCUUGCAUGUAUAUCAGUAGGGUAUUAUAAUUAGAAAUAAAAUUAUUUAUUUUCCAUAGUAAUACACUCAACCUCUAGCAUAAAUUUUCUAAUGGUAAGUUGUAAAAUAAUUUUGUUGGCAAAAUAAUGAAUUGAAUACCUUUCUCAUUUCUCAUAAAGAUUGUAAUGGCUGACCUUGGCUUUGUUUUUACUUGGGAAUUUGGGCAGUGAAAAUAAUUCUAAAACUUCUCUUUACUACUGCUGUGUUUAUCAGACCUUUCUAAAGUGAGUAAGUCAUGUUUCUUCAGAGUGGGAGAAUUGGAAGCAGCUAUAAUUAUAGGUUGUAGGUGUUGAUCUUUUUGUAUUCUCCCCUGAACUGAAUGGAGUUGUUAUGGGUAUAUGCUGAUACUUUGACACUCUAUGCAUGUUCCUAUACAAAUUAAAAAUCAAUGUCUAAAUCAAAAAUUAAAACUAAAACUCUAUUUGUUAAUCUAGAACAGUGAAAAAGAUUUGAUCUCCAUUUCCCAUUCUUUUAGUGAAAAAUAUUUAACUAUAUGCUUUUAUUUUACAGCGUGGAGGUCCAGAAUAAAUAUGGAAGAUUAUAUGCCACUGUUGAAGAAUGAAAUAUUAUAGUCACAAUAAAGGCAUUUCCUUAAUACUA